CUAUUCACCGAAACAUCGAUUCUUUUCUCCCGGCGAUUUUUGUUCUCUGGAGGCGAUUGUCUGGGCGAUUCUUGUUCUCCGGUCGAUUCUUAUUCUCCGGGCGUUAACCUUCGAUGUCUCCUCCGUCGAUCAACGGAAAGCCUCGUCCGCUGAGUUCCAUCACCGGAAAGCAUACUGCUCUGAGUUCGAUGUCUCCUCCGUCCAUCACCAGAAAGCCUCCUCCUCUGAGUUCCAUCACUGGAAAGUCUCCUCCGCUGAGUUCCAUGUCUCCUCCGCUGAGUUUGAACACAGGAAACCCUCCUCCGCUGAGUUUGAUUACAGGAAACCCUCCUUCGCUGAGCUUGAUGACAAGAAACCCUCCUCCCCAGAGUUUGAUCACAAGAAACCCUCCUCCCCAGAGUUUGAUCACAAGAAACCCUCCUCCCCUGAGUUUGAUCACAGGAAACCCUCCUCCGCUGGGUUUGUUUACAGGAAAGCCUCUUCCGCUGAGUUCGAUCACUGGAAAGCCGGUGAUCGUAAGGGUUAAGCGGAAGGCCUCCCAAGCAAAACUUGACUCCUUCUGGUUGGAGAUUAAUGAAAGGCCACAUAAAAAAGCAUUCUUGGGUCUUGGAAAUCUCUCCUUAUCUGAUUGCGGCACAGGAAAAGUUCUCAAUGAGCUUGCAAGUAAGAAGAUGUUAGUUCAUCGUCUUGAGACAGUUGGGCGCUCCCAGUCUGUCAAAGAUGUGCUGCAUUCUUUUCUGCAGCAACCUUCCAGAAAUACAAAAGAAUUUAAGGGGAGAUCUAAGGAGCGUAGAAGUUUGUAUAAACCUGAUAAGAAACAUGAUCAAUUGCGGGCCAAGGCUAUAAAAGAGCAUGAGGAUCUUGCUAAAAGUGCUCGAUUUGAACAAAUAUGGAAGAAAAGGGGAAGCAUAGAUGCAGAAGAAUGCUCUUUGCAUGAAAAAUGCCAUUUGUAUGAUGUUGUUCGAGUUGAUGCCGAGGAUGAAACUCACCAAAGGGUGCCAAAGCCCAAAGUUGCUCCUGAGGUUGGUGGUGCAAUUUUUGAUAAGUAUUUACCACUUUUAAAGGAAUUCCUUCCACAAGCAGCUGAAGAGAUUGAACAUGACAGGGCAACUACAGAAGAUAACUUUGUUUACGACAUAUAUACUAUCGGCAGUGGUGUGGACAUAGACACAGAUAGUAUUGAUGAGCAUCCAUUAAUCCAAGUUUAUGUGGAGGAUGACUAUUAUGAUGGCUCGUCACAAUCUGAUUAUGAAAGUGAUGAUUCAAAUGCUGAAAACUAUCCAUGGAAUGAUUAUUGUGAUGAAGAGUCUGACUUUGAAUAUUCUGACUCGAUUUAUGAUCAAAGUGAAGAGGAAGAUCGAGAGGACUGGAGAUGGGGAUAUCGUUAAAUUUGUCUAUUGUAUUUGUGUUAAGCUUAAACAAUCACUUUAAAAGCUGAAGCUGAAAACGAGAAUGAAAAUCCUGUCAUUGAUUUAGAAGAUUUUUGACUCAAAUUAUGAACGACGGGAGGAAAGGAAGAUGGAGAGUACUGCAGAUGGGAAUAUCUCAAUCAGUUUAGUGUGCAUGUAUUAAGUUGAGGCAAUCACUUUCAGUGAUUGUCUCAUUUAGAUGUAUAUUUUGUGUUGGUGGAUUUUUUUUUUAUUUUAAAUAGAUGUUCAAAGUUGGUCAUUUAUAAUUUGUUUGGUGGUUAAUGUAAUUGGAUAAUGUCCUCAUGUUAAUAUUA